AUUGAGAUCAACCAAAAGCGAGAACAGUACCGGUCAGUAGCGACACGUGGCUCGGUUAUGUACUUCUGUGUCACUGAUAUGACGUUGGUGUCGAACCCCAUUACUUUGCAGCCUACAGGCUGGAUGUACAACUGCUCCCUUAUCCAGUUCCUAGAGCAGUUCGACAUCUCUGUGAAGAAUUCGGAGAAGUGCCAGCCGACCAUGAAACGCGUUGACAAGAUUAUUGACUAUCUUACCUACCAGAUUUACCGGUACAUGAAUCGUGGCCUCUUUGAGAGGGAUAAGAUGAUGUUCAAGUUGAUGGUGACUAUGAAGAUUAUGGUUGUCGCUGGUAGGCUCACUCAGGGCGAUGUUGGGCUCUUCUUGAAAGGUGGCUCGGACCUGGACGUGAAGUCAGAGAGAUCGAACCCCAAUCGAUGGAUGGUGGAUAAGGUCUGGCUCAACGUCCUGCAGCUGUCGCGGCACUCCUUUGGCAAGGAGCAGCUGCUGUUCUUCCGGGAGCUGCCUGAUUUCAUUAGUCGAAAUGAAGCCGCGUGGAGAGUGUGGUAUGAUGAGAACGAGCCCGAGAGAUGCCCGGUGCCGGACUACGAGGAGCGGCUGAAUAUGGAUAGGAACAUUGGGUUCUUCCUUCGAAUGUGUCUUGUGAGAUGCAUCAGAGAGGACAGGACGACUAUCGCUGCUGCGCAGUUCAUCAAUAAACAGCUCGAUCCGAAGUACACGGCACCGGUCACAGAUAGUAUCGACUCGAUCUACUGUGAGUCCCAGAACCGUAAACCCGUGUUGUAUUUGUUGAGCGCUGGAAGUGAUCUCACAUCUAUGAUCGACGACAUAGCAAAGAAGAAAAAGAAAUUCCCGACGGAUAUGUGUCCAUGGGUGAGGGACAAGAGGUUAUCGCUUGGGAGAAGAUGA